AGGAGGAAGAGGAGCAGGAGGCGGAGGAGAGGACGGAAGGGGGAGCUGGCCCGGCUCGGCCAGCCUGCCCUCCCGCCCUGCCUUUCAGCUGGAACUGGAGAGAGGGGAGCGCGGGCCGUCGGCCCCCAGCCAGCUGCCUUCCUCUUGCCCGAGCGAACGAGCUGGCGGGCGGCAGCGGCCUCUGCACUCCGGGCCAAGUCCCGCCUGUUCCGCGACGGCGAGUGGGUUGGCUUCCUGCGCCGCUCCCCCCUUCUUUUCCUCCUUUCCCUUCCUCCUCCUCUCUCCCCUCCUGCUCUCUCUCGCUUUUCCCUCCCUCCCUUCCUUUCCCCGGCAGUAGGAGCCGCAGCGGCAGCAGCUACAGCAGCAGCAGCAGCCUGGAUCCCCUGAGCCAUGGCGCUGUGAGAGCAGCACAUGGCGGGCGCAGCAGCCAUGAACCCCCCACUAAUCCAUACAACUCCCCCCUGAAGAGCCACCGUGUAACUGCAGCCGCCGCCCGCCCACCCAUCAACCAACCAGCCCGCUUUAGUUGAAUAAUAUUAGCCAGCCAGCACCAUCUCUGCCCAGCACUACCCAUCGCAACUGCUCCUACCGCCUCAACUCCCGGGCCGAAGACGCUCUUCUCAGCCACCUCCUUUCCUCUGCUGCCGCCACCCAGUCCCCCUCUAACAGCUAGCCAGGACCCGCCGUCGCCAUGGGAGUGCAGGGCUUCCAGGACUACAUCGAGAAACACUGCCCCAGUGCCGUAGUGCCGGUGGAGCUGCAGAAGCUGGCACGGGGCAGCCUGGUGGGUGGUGGUCGCCAAAGGCCUCCCCAGACCCCGCUGCGACUCCUCAUCGACGCCGACAACUGCUUGCACCGGCUCUACGGCGGCUUUUACACUGACUGGGUGAGCGGCGGGCAAUGGAACCACAUGCUGGGCUACUUGGCGGCGCUGGCCAAGGCCUGCUUCAACGGCAACAUCGAGCUCUUCGUCUUCUUCAACGGCGCUCUGGAAAAGGCCCGGCUCCACGAGUGGGUGAAGCGGCAGGGCAACGAGCGCCAGACCGCCCAGCAGAUUGUCAGCCACGUCCAAAACAAGGGCACCCCGCCGCCCAAGGUCUGGUUUCUCCCGCCUGUCUGCAUGGCGCACUGCAUCCGCUUGGCCCUCAUCCGCUUCCACAUCAAGGUUGCACAAAGUAUCGAAGACCACCAUCAAGAAGUAAUUGCUUUUUGCAGAGAAAAAGGCUUUCAUGGCUUGGUUGCAUAUGAUUCAGAUUAUGCGUUGUGCAACAUCCCUUACUAUUUCAGUGCCCAUGCCCUAAAACUGAGCCGUAAUGGAAAAAGCCUCACAACAAGCCAAUACCUGAUGCAUGAAGUUGCCAAGCAACUGGACCUGAAUCCAAAUCGGUUUCCUAUUUUUGCUGCUCUUUUAGGUAAUCACAUUCUACCUGAUGAAGAUUUGGCUUCAUUUCAUUGGAGUUUACUUGGUCCAGAACAUCCACUAGCCUCUCUUAAGGUACGAGCACACCAGUUAGUUUUACCACCUUGUGAUGUAGUGAUCAAAGCUGUAGCUGACUAUGUCCGCAAUAUUCAGGACACCUCUAACUUGGAUGCCAUAGCUAAAGAUGUUUUUCAACAUUCACAGUCUAGAACGGAUGACAAAGUUAAACGAUUUAAGAGAGCAGUUGCAUAUUAUUCAGCAACUAAUAAGCCUAUGCCAUUUCAUCCACCACAUUACCUAGCCAGAUCAAAUCAAUUGGGAAUGCCGGGUAUAGUGCCACCAUAUGUGUCUCCUCAGAUGCUUAACAUUCCACAGUCUGCCCUGCAAGCAAAGCAAGCGGCCCAGCCUAUUUCUAGUCAUGGUAACGCCCAGGGUCAGGGCCCAUAUCCCUAUAGUCUGUCAGAACCAGCCAUCACGUUGGACGCAAGUGGAAAAAAUCUUUCUGAGCAGAAUUACAGCAACAUUCCUCAUGAAGGAAAACAUACUCCAUUAUAUGAACGAUCCUCUCCAAUAAACCCAGCUCAGAGUGGAAGCCCCAAUCAUGUUGAUUCAACAUACUUUCCUGCCUCUUCUACAUCAUCUUCCUCAGACAAUGAUGAAGGCAAUGCAGGUGCUGUGAAUCAUGUUGGUGGAAACAAAUUGAGCUGGGAAAAAAUAGGAACUCAGUCAGAAAAUCAAGUAUGUGGGGAUCCAGGAGACCAAACAAAGGUGGAAGGUUCCUCUACUGUUUCUUCAGGGAAUCAGGCAGCUGAAGUUAAAGGGAAUCAAAACAGUAGUGCACAAAUCCCAUGUCUGUUGUCAAUGCCCACCAGGAACCAUAUGGAUAUUACCACUCCUCCAUUACCUCCUGUAGCGCCCGAAGUAUUAAGAGUAGCAGAACACAGACACAAAAAAGGGUUAAUGUACCCCUACAUAUUUCAUAUUCUAACCAAGGGUGAAAUUAAAAUUGCAGUUUCUAUUGAAGAUGAAGCAAACAAAGACCUGCCUCCUGCUGCUCUUCUUUAUAGGCCAGUUCGUCAGUAUGUUUAUGGAGUCCUUUUUAGUUUGGCAGAAAGCAGAAAAAAGACAGAGAGGCUUGCUUUUAGAAAGAGCAGACUUCCUCCUGAAUUCAAUGCUGCUGAUACUUACAGAAGAAUACAUUAUCACGUUUUAGUCUCACCAGUGAUAAUUAAGGAAUGGGCUGCUUACAAAGGAAAGUCUCCUCAGACUCCUGAGUUAGUAGAAGCUCUUGCAUUUAGGGAAUGGACUUGCCCCAAUUUGAAGAAACUUUGGUUGGGGAAAGCAGUAGAGGACAAGAAUCGACGAAUGAGGGCAUUCUUGGCCUGUAUGAGGUCAGACACACCAGCAAUGCUAAACCCAACUAAUGUGCCCACUCACCUAAUGGUGCUCUGUUGUGUAUUAAGAUAUAUGGUGCAGUGGCCUGGAGUUCGGAUACUUCGUCGCCAAGAACUUGAUGCCUUCUUGGCUCAAGCUUUAUCUCCAAAACUCUAUGAACCUGACCAACUACAGGAACUAAAGAUUGAAAACCUAGAUCCUCGAGGAAUUCAGCUCUCAGCAUUGUUUAUGAGUGGUGUUGACAUGGCAUUGUUUGCCAAUGAUGCUUGUGGGCAGCCAAUUCCAUGGGAGCAUUGUUGUCCAUGGAUGUACUUUGAUGGGAAGUUGUUCCAGACCAAGCUCAUCAAAGCAAGCCGGGAGAAAGCUCCCCUCAUUGACCUCUGUGAUGGUCAGGCUGAACAAGCUGCCAAGGUAGAAAAGAUGCGCCAGAGCAUCCUUGAAGGUUUAAAUUUCUCCAGGCAAAACCAUCCACUCCCUUUCCCACCACCACCUGCCAUGCCUUUCUAUCCAGCUUCUGUUUAUCCUCGACACUUUGGGCCAGUUCCACCUCAGGGCAGAGGCAGAGGCUUCACUGGGGUCUAUGGCUUUGGGGGCCCUUAUGGAGAAACGGUUGCAGCAGGCGCUUAUCGGACCUUCCGAGUGACUGCCACAGGAGGACACUCCGGAGCUUUCUCUGGCGGCGAUGGCAACAGGACUAGCAAGUUUCAGGGCGGUGUCCAACCCAUUCCUUCUCAGGGAGGGAAGCUUGAAAUAGCCGGCACUGUAGUGGGCCACUGGGCGGGAAGCAGACGUGGUCGAGGAGGAAGCAGAGGGCCAUUUCCUCUGCAGGUCGUUUCCGUUGGAGGACCAAGGGGACGUCCUAGAGGAGUUAUUUCCACACCAGUGAUAAGAACAUUUGGCCGAGGAGGAAGAUACUACGGGAGAGCUUAUAAGAACCAGGGAGCUCUUCAGGGCAAACCUCCUUAUGCUGCUUCAGCAGAGGAAGUAGCCAAAGAACUUAAAUCAAAAUCAGAGGAAGGCAAGUCCUCUAUUGUGUCUUCAGAAGGAUCCCUGGCUGAAAAUGGCAUCGUGAAUGAGGAGAAACCAGCUUCCCAAAUGAAUGGGAAUACAGCGGAUGUCAGGGCUUCCAACCAGUCUGAAAGUGCCUUGAGUAAUGACUCUAAAAUGUGCAAUACAAAUCCUCACUUAAAUGCACUAAAUGCAGACAGUGUUUGCCAUAAAGAUGAUGCUCUUGAGGCUACUGUCUUAAAAAAAGAAGAGUAAACUUAUUUUUUAUAGAGGGUGAAGGAUGUUGGAAGGGUCAGGAUUAGGAAUAUCUGGAAAGAAAGAGAGCCUACAGUUAUGUACAUUUUUUCCUUUCCGCAAGAGAAAAAUGAGGACUUGGAAAUUCGAAUCCCUCUUGGAUGUCAGAGAUUUAAAGAACACAUUUUUAGUUUUAACCAGUUGUAGUCAAAAUGCUACAAUACAAUAAAAAUAAAAGAUAAUGAAGAGCAUUUGACUCCCGCACUUAAAAUGAAGUAUACACACAGUUUAAACUGGUUAUGACAAAAGCUCGUAGUUUUUGUUUCUUGAAAUAUAUUAAAAAGAAAAACAAAUUUUGGCAGUCUUUCAGUAUAUAUAGCUUAAAAUAUAAUUUUUAGUACUUGGCACCAUAUGUAUGCCAUUAUAUUUGAUUUUGCAUUACUGUGUCACAAAGCUUUCCUUAAGGCUUUGAUUUCAUGAUUAUGGGGGGGAAAGGCACAACCACAGUUCUUUCUUUUCUUAAAUUUCAUCACUGUUGAUGUGGUUCUUUUUAUGUUUAAAAUGUGCAAACUAUCAAAAUAAAAAAUUAUAGAGUAAUAUUGGAGUUCUGCUGAUUUUAAAUAUACAUCAUAAUACUUUACAAGCAAGUUAAAAUGGAUUUAACUUGAAAAUCAUAGAAGAUGCAAAUGACCUUUUCAAAAGAAACACAAUGUGUUCUGAUACUUUUUGUGACUAAUACCAUGCAUCCGUGAUCAAUGAACUAUGUGGUUUUUGAAUCAGACGUAGACCAUUAGUACUACUAUUUGAGCUAAACUUCUGCAUGGUUCAUAAUUUUAAAGUGUGUAGUUAAUAUUAUGCAUGUUCUUGUCCUCUUUCUUCCAUUCUUACAAGUACUGUGCCCAUUUGCAAAACAACAAAAAAGCUAAUAAUCAGUAAUAGUCCUAUAAAAGAUGUUAACUAUGUUUAGUCAUUGACUGAUCUUGCUCUAACCUUAAAAUUUUGUGAUUAUUGACCUCUGUUGCAUUUAUUCUAAAACAAAAAAAAAUUAUCUAGCCGUUUUGAAUAUCAACGUUACCCUGGUGUACUCAUUGCUGUAUGCAUUAUUGUUCUCUGUUGCUGUUUUAUGCCUUCAUAUUAGCAAAUAUGAAAUUCUGUGGAAAAACAAAAAAAAAAAGCUUUGAUCUUCAAGAAAUACCCCCCUUCUGUAGCAGGAAACAAAUGGCUUGUUCUUGAGAACUUUCCCAUCAAGAAUUUAAUAUAAGCAAAUAUACCUGUAUCAUUUUGAUGUUUUUGUUAGUGUUUCCAAACUUAAUGUACUUCAGAAUCAGAAUCACUUCUUUAUAUUCGUUUUCAUAUAAUUCUCCUGAUGCUCUUCAUCACACAUUAGUGAUCAGAAAUGAGGUGUAAUUCCCCAUUCCCUGCCCGCAAGAGCUAAGUAGGUAUCUUAAUGUAAGUUGAAGGGAGUUCUGCCCCAACUCAUGGAUUGUGCAAGAAUGAACUACUGUUGGGUUUGAUUGGUUGUAGAUGGAUUGUGGUGUGGUGUAUUUGAAGGCUAUUGAAUGCAACUUACAAUGCUUAAUAAAAAUCUUUAUUCUUUUAGUAUAA